GCGGCGGGCAUGUCGCGACAUGCGACCGCGAUAGGGAGAGAAGGACGGGGCUUGGACCUCCCGCCCGGCAGGGGGCGCCCGCCAGGCGGCAGCGCGGUGAUGACGCGCAUCCGGCGAUGACGUCAGAGGCAGCAUGGCGGCGGCGGAGAAAGCGCAGCGCUACGAGGCGUUCGUCAGCGACGUCCUGCAGCGCGACCUGAGGCGGGUGCAGGAGCAGCGCGACGCCAUCUUCGAGCAGCAGGCGCAGGUGCUGCAGCUCCGCUCCGCCCUCGCGCGCCUCCAGGACGCCGCCGCCCCCCUGCACACCCAGGUGGAUCUCGGCUGCAAUUUCUUCGUCAGCGCCGAAGUCCCGGACCCCCGGCGCGUUUUCGUGGCUCUGGGUUUCGGGUUCUUCGCGGAGCUGACGCUGCCCGAGGCCCUUCGGCACCUGGAGCGCCGCAGUUCCCUCCUGCAGAGGCUCAGCGAUUCCCUGACGCGCGACGGGGCCAAGAUCCGCGCCCACAUCCGCCUGGUGCUGGAGGGCCUGCGGGAGCUGCAGGGGCUGCAGGAGCCCCCCGUGACCUCUGACCCCUGAUGGAGCCGCCCCCCUGCGCUGGCCCCGCCCCCUCAGCUGGGAGGAAGGCCGGAGUGGAGUGGAGCUGGAGCACCUGGGAGUAACCUGGGUGUAAACAUGGAGUAAAAUGGAACUUGUACACCUGGGAGUAACCUGUGUGUAAAUACAGAGUAAAAUGGAGUUUUUUACACCUGGGAGUAACCUGGGAGUAAACAUGGAGUAAAAUGGAACUUGUACACCUGGGAGUAACUUGGGAGUAAAAAGAAGUUUUUACACCUUGGAGUAGAACGGAGGUUUUGUACCUGGGAGUAACCUGGGUGUAAAUAUGGAGUAAAAUGGAACUUGUACACCUGGGAGUAACCUGUGUGUAAAUACGGAGUAAAAUGGAACUUGUACACCUGGGAGUAAACUGGGAGUAAACAUGGAGUAAAAUGGAACUUGUACACCUGGGAGUAAAUAUGGAGUAAAAUGGAGCUUUUUACGCCUGGGAGUAA